AUGCCAAGCACAAACAUUUUGUAUCCCGGAGGUCCCUUCGACUUUCACCUCAAUCCAACCUUUAGAAAGAAGCGUACCGAGCUCCCUUUGCUACAACCACGCAUCACCUACCAAGCCAGGACCUCAGAGGUCCCCCCAAUCGCCAUUAUGGCACGCCCCGUGGCCAUGUCUACCAUGUGUAGAUCAUGCCGAAGAUCGUACCUGACACAAGCCGGACGCGCGAAUACCCAAACUCCCCGAAGUCCCCGAACGCAAACCGCCGCGGAACGAUGGGGCGUCGAUUGGACCGGCAAUAAUAAUAGCAACAGCGACGGCUCCAAGCCAGGAGGCACAAAUAGCGUAGAAGCGCAAGACCAAAUGAUGGAGGCCCUACGAACACCACAGAGAGCACGAGCGGGCAACCUCAGCGGGUUCGGCAAGAAUCUGAGUCAGGAGCUCACAUCCCAAGCACAGCAGAACGCCAUAGACGCACAGCAUUCCAAAGUCAGCAGUUCGGAGCCCUACCAUCUCAACGUCUAUGCCCACAGACACAACAUGCACAUAACCUUCACGGAGCCCAGCCGCGACCCCAUCCUCUCCAUGUCGGCUGGCGACAUCGGUCUGCGGAAAGCCCAGCGCAGCACCUACGAUGCAGCUUACCAGUUGGCUGCAUAUUUCUUCCGCAAGAUGGCUGAGAAGCAGUGGCGUACAGGUGGCAAGAAGAUGACCACGAAUCCGACAAAGACCAUUUCACACAUUCAGCGACCUGGGGCCAUGACAGGUGGUGUGGGUAUUGAGGUCAUUUUGAGAGGUUACGGGCCGGGGAGAGAGGCUUUUCAGAAAGCCUUGCUGGGAACUGAGGGACGACAGAUCAAGCCUUUGAUUUCGAGAGUGACGGAUGCGACCAGGUUAAAAUUCGGUGGCACCAGGAGUCAUAAGGUCAGGAGAUUGGGUUGA